AUAAAAAGCCCGCGCCCUACGUCCCGUUCCUUGGACGGCAAAUCCUCGUCGAGAUGUCGAUUAUGUCCUCCGCCGAUCGGAAACAACGCCGGAGUACCAGAGGCCUUCUCAUACCUCAUCAGAAGCAUGCCGAUAACUAUCACCAAGAGAACCUUCCGGGUGCGUCGUUCUCGGGGGCUGUCUUUAAUCUAUCUACCUCCGUCGUUGGCGCUGGAAUCAUGGCCCUGCCGGCUACCGUUAAGGAACUGGGGCUUAUUCCAGGACUAAUUAUGAUCUUUGUGUGUGGGAUGCUGACGGAAUCGUCUAUUGAUAUGAUCCUGAGGUUCAGUCGGGCCUCCAAGACCGCCUCGUAUUCCGGGGUCGUUGCCGACGCGUUCGGUGGGACUGGUAGUACGCUCCUCCAGGCCUGCAUCGUUGUGAACAAUCUUGGCAUGCUUGUUGUCUACAUGAUAAUUAUCGGUGAUGUGUUAUCUGGGACGGGGUCGGGAGGAGUGCACCAUUCGGGAUUGAUGGAAGAAUGGUUUGGACAGCAUUGGUGGACUUCACGCUCCUCCUUGUUGCUUCCCACAACUCUUUUUGUGUUUGCUCCUCUAAUUUCUUUCAAGCGUGUGGAUUCAUUGAGAUAUACAUCAGCAAUAUCAGUGGGCUUGGCUAUUGUGUUUGUUGCAAUUACGGCGGGGGUAGCAAUUGUUAAAGUGAUGAAUGGAAGCAUUGGAAUGCCUCGUUUGAUGCCUGCACUUGUGGAUCAGGCGUCAUUUUGGAAGCUUUUCACCACUGUUCCUGUUUUGGUCACUGCAUAUAUUUGCCACCACAAUGUUCACCCCAUAGAUAACGAAUUGAAAGACCCCACGCAAAUGAAGUCAAUAGUUCAUACAUCCCUCAUGUUAUGCUCAACUGUUUACAUUGCCACCAGUUUCUUUGGAGUACUUCUUUUUGGGGAUCAGACACUGGAUGAUGUACUCGCCAAUUUUGAUGGUGAUCUUGGAAUCCCAUACAGCUCGUUUCUUGAUGAUGUGGUUAGGGCGAGUUAUGGCCUCCACCUGAUGCUUGUUUUCCCACUUGUUUUUUAUUCCCUUCGACUCAAUGUGGAUGGUCUUCUCUUUCCCCAUGCCAUUCCAAUCACAUUUGACAACCGCAGAUUCUUUUUAGUAACUGUAGCUCUCAUGGGUUUGAUAUUUGUGGGAGCUGAAUUUGUGCCUGACAUCUGGGAUGCCUUCCAGUUUACUGGAGCCACUGCUGCGAUCUCCGUUGGUUUUAUAUUUCCAGCUGCCAUCACUCUUAGGGACACACAUGGAAUUGCAACAAAGCAGGACAGACUAAUAUCAUGGAUGAUGAUAAUAUUGGCAGUCACCUCAAGUGUUGCAGCUAUUUCUAGUGACAUCUACGCCAUUUUCAGCACUGACAAGGAAGUUCCAAGUUGAGGUUGCAGUUCCUUUGAGGCCAUUUAAUCUUGCACAUCUAACACACUCGGGGCUAGUUGGCUUUAAUGGAACCAUGAACGUGGAGCUCUUGGAAUAGCAUUUCAGUUCCUCAAUCACGAUUGGUACUUCUCUUUCUUUCUUGUAAAUUAAGGCAGGGCGUUGAUGUUACAUUCCAUUAGAGCAAUUAAGUGGCAUUGGCAGACAUUUCUUGUUCGUAAGUUGAGAAACUUUGAUAGUUCCUAUACGAUGACUCUGACAAUUCAUAGCACACCUUACACAAUCGUGUAAGUUUUCGUAAGACAGGAACACAAAAAAGUUGGUGAUAUAUAUACCUUACUGAAUUAUUUUGAAUGUAAGUUCAGGGGAGAAGAGAGUUGGGCAAUAUCGGUGUAGUAGUUUGUGAAAUGAACAUUGAAACAGCUGCUGAGUCACAAGUUUGUGUUCUGAAAGGGACUGAUAUGAUAAAAACAUCGCAUGAGAUUCAAAGACUUGAAGGUACGUAUUAUAUACUGUUAGCCAAUACCAACUUCUUAUCAGCCCUUUGUUGACAGCCAUGUUGUGUGACAUUGUUUGAAUUCAUAUUUUCUUUGUUAUAUUUAUAUUUAAUAAGAUGGCUUGAUCUAAGGCGUAUAUGACUGCCACAAUCAAGCCCUGAACUUGUCUUAUAUCAA